UGCAGCGGUGCAUGGUGCAACAUGUGUUGGAUAAUUCCAGAAGAAGCGUCGCAGUUCCUUUGCUACAGUCCAUAGAGGAGAGGUUUUGCCGAACCAGAGCACUAGCUGUACCUGGGGCACACCGUCUGCGAGUCUCUAGACACCCGGAGUCUUUACAUCUUUAAUCUCUUCUUAACUGUUCAGCAGUUCGGGGAGUUUGUGUCGACAUUAACCGUCGCCGUCGAUUUAUCAGGUUGUGCUAGCCCGGUAGCCCAGUUGUCAAAAUGUUGAGUGUCGCCAGAAACGUUUCAAGGACUCUCCCGACAAGGAGCUGUGCGAAAGAUGUAUCCUCUUUAAUCAAGAAGGCAUGCUGGAGUGGCGAUGCUCUCAGGGCUCUGUCAAGGAGGGACUAUGUGUCGGAGGCUGUCAAGGGAGCAGUCAUUGGAAUUGACCUGGGAACAACCAACUCAUGUGUGGCAGUCAUGGAGGGGAAACAGGCCAAGGUGUUGGAGAAUGCAGAGGGAGCCAGGACGACUCCUUCAGUCAUCGCCUUCACAGCGGAAGGGGAACGUCUUGUGGGAAUGCCCGCUAAACGCCAGUCCGUUACCAACCCUCAGAAUACACUGUACGCCACCAAGAGACUGAUCGGACGGCGCUUUGAUGACCCCGAGGUCCAGAAAGACUUGAAGAACGUCCCCUACAAGAUUGUACGUGCAUCGAACGGGGAUGCUUGGGUGGAGGCUCAUGGGAAGAUGUAUUCACCUAGCCAGGCUGGAGCCUUCGUCCUGAUGAAGAUGAAGGAGACUGCAGAGAACUACCUGGGAACCAAAGUGAAGAACGCUGUGGUCACUGUUCCAGCCUACUUCAACGACUCUCAGAGACAGGCUACCAAAGAUGCUGGUCAGAUCGCUGGUCUGAAUGUCCUGCGUGUGAUCAAUGAGCCAACAGCUGCUGCUCUGGCCUACGGCCUGGAAAAGACACAGGACAAAAUUAUUGCUGUCUAUGAUCUGGGUGGAGGUACAUUUGAUAUCUCAGUCCUGGAGAUCCAGAAGGGAGUGUUUGAGGUGAAGUCCACCAACGGCGACACCUUCCUGGGAGGAGAAGACUUCGACCAGCAUCUCCUGAGACACAUUGUGAAGGAGUUCAAGAGAGAGUCUGGUGUGGAUCUGACCAAAGACAACAUGGCUCUUCAGAGAGUCCGAGAGGCUGCUGAGAAGGCCAAGUGUGAACUGUCCUCUUCGCUGCAGACUGACAUCAACCUCCCGUACCUGACCAUGGAUGCUUCUGGACCUAAACAUCUCAACAUGAAGUUGAGUCGUGCUCAGUUUGAAGGCAUCGUGGCUGAUUUGAUCCGCCGCACCGUGGCCCCGUGUCAGAAAGCCAUGCAGGAUGCCGAGGUGUCCAAGGGAGACAUCGGAGAGGUGCUCCUGGUUGGAGGCAUGUCCCGUAUGCCCAAGGUUCAGCAGACGGUUCAGGACCUGUUUGGCCGUGCUCCCAGCAAGUCUGUCAACCCUGAUGAGGCCGUUGCCAUUGGAGCAGCCAUCCAGGGUGGUGUUUUGGCUGGUGAUGUCACUGAUGUGCUGCUGUUGGAUGUGACACCGCUGUCUCUGGGUAUUGAAACACUGGGUGGAGUCUUCACCAAACUCAUCAACCGGAACACCACAAUUCCCACAAAGAAGAGUCAGGUGUUCUCUACAGCAGCUGAUGGACAGACUCAGGUGGAGAUCAAGGUGUGCCAGGGAGAGAGGGAGAUGGCAUCAGACAACAAGGUGUUGGGUCAGUUCACUCUGGUGGGAAUCCCCCCUGCCCCCCGUGGUGUUCCUCAGAUUGAGGUAACAUUUGACAUUGACGCUAACGGCAUCGUCCACGUCUCCGCCAAGGACAAGGGCACAGGCCGAGAGCAGCAGAUUGUGAUCCAGUCAUCAGGAGGUCUUAGUAAAGACGACAUCGAAAACAUGGUCAAGAAUGCUGAGAAGUACGCAGAGGAGGACAGGAGGAGAAAGGACCGUGUGGAGGCUGUCAACAUGGCUGAGGGCAUCGUUCACGACACAGAAUCCAAGAUGGAGGAGUUCAAGGACCAGCUUCCUGCUGAUGAGUGCACCAAACUGAAGGAGGAGAUCUCAAAGGUCAGGGAUCUUCUGGCCAACAAGGAUUCAGAAACAGGAGAGAACAUCAAACAGGCGGCCACCACCCUACAGCAGGCCUCUCUCAAGCUCUUUGAAAUGGCAUACAAGAAGAUGGCAGCAGAGAGGGAGGGCAGCAGCGGCAGCAGCUCGGGCUCGUCAGAGGGAGAGAAGAAAGAAGGCCAGCAGUAGACCUGUGCACUUAGGUGUCAUGUGGUUUCCAUGACAACAGAGGACUGCAGUGCUGGGGGGUAGACUGGGUGGGGAGUGUGGCGGUCUUGAGUUACAAGCUGAAUCUUAGUCAUUCUCUCGGCAACAUACAAUUCUACUGUGUUUUGGCAGUAAAAUAUUCGAGAGAAGUUAAAUGUCAAUAUAUGCUCCACCAUGUCCAAGGAUAUCCUGUCUGUAAUUUAAUUGUCUCAAAACGAUGUCAUGUCUGGUAUUUUUACAAAGCUGUUAAUUUCCAUAGUGGUAAAAGUUUUUUGUUUUGUCUAAAAUAUCAUAGUUUUCAUGUUUGUUUAUGACUUCCAUCAGUUUUAAGUGUUUGUACCGGUUGAGCUGAGUUCAGAAGCUUGCUCGCUGUUGAAGCUUUUUUUGGUACAGCAGAUAGCCCUACUCCGUCUACAUAAUAUAUUUCUGUGUAGUGCUCCAUCAAUUAUAGCUAUCUUGUUUUAAUAGUGCACUCAACAACUUGAAGGUGGGAAGUUACUGUAGAAAAUAUUUAAGUAUAUAUGACUUUUCAUGUCAGCAGCGUGUCACCUGUCAGUUGUCCUGAAUGCACUCUAAAGAUUUAAGAAUUAAUACAGAACUGCAGCAAUGAGGUGUUUUUUCAUUUCAUCAGUUUAUCUGAAUGUCUACAAAUAUUUUUCUUAUGUCCUCCAAGGCCAGGGGACAUCACUGUCAUAUUGGCUGAUGGCACGAAGGGCAGAAUACAAAGUGUGUGCGUGCAUGCGUGCGUGCGUGUGUGUGUGAGAGAGUGUUCAAGUUGCACAACAGAGAAUGAGGCCUUAGUUUACCUCUCAUUGCAUACAGGAGGAAGAGUUGUACAGGACAGUGGAGAUUCAGUACAAGCCCAGCUGUGUCAUUCCCCAACAGAAGGAAUUUAAGUUGCUGCCAUAAACUGCUCUGUGUAACUGGAUUGUUGCUGGGUGCCUGUCUGAUAGUGAUCCAAGCAGCUCUGUGUAUGAAUGAACCAAAUUAAAAUUGUGGGAGGUGUUAUUUUAGGGGUGUGUGAUAAUUAUUGGAGUGACAAUUGAGGGUCAUGAAAACUGUUGCUGUCUUUUCUAAUAAAAAUCUGAUGGAUGGAAUUAA